AUGCGCUUGGUGCAGCUAUUGGGUCUGCCUAUUGCAGCUCUGGCGGCGGUUGUGCCUGUUCAUGAACCGAAGGACAGUCUUGGUGACCAACACGCCAUCUCUCACGAGGACCAAUUCUUUCACACCUCCAAGUUUGAGUCACAUGCAUCAAAUCAUGAUUCGACUCACGGCUACGAUUCACGAUAUAUGACGAAACCACUCAACGAACUUGCCCGCCGCGAUGUCGCUCGCGCCCUAGUCCAGUCGUAUCUCACUACAUGUCGAGAACUCCAUGUGAAAACAUGGCUUAUGGGUGGAAGUUUGCUAGGAUGGUGGUGGGGGAAAAAGAUGAUGGCAUGGGAUUAUAGCAGCAACGUUCAGAUUACCGAGUCCGACCUUCAUUUCUUGGCUGCCUAUCACAACGGAACCAUUCACUUCCACAAACUGAACAGCAUGCAAAAGGGAAAGAAAUAUCUACUCGAGAUAAGCCCGGAUUACAUGAAUAGAGAGCAGGGAGGCGCUAGAGACGCCGUUGACGGUCGCUGGAUCGACUUGGGAACAGGACUGUACCUGAACCUGACGGCUGUACGAUAUAACCCAGAUCACGAACGCGGUGAGGGAAUGUUAUACUCGAAGAAUGGCCAGGAAUUUCACGACACUCUGUUAUAUCCAUUACGAGAUACGACCUUCGAAGGCGUACCUGCAAAGAUUCCAUUUCGGUAUAAGGAAGUUCUAGCGGGAAAAUAUGGGGACGGUGCAUUGAAGAAUACAUAUUAUAAAGGACACAAGUUUGAUGUGGCCGAGAUGCAAUGGGUGCUGCAAGUGUGA